AUGAGAAUGGAGUCGUGCCCCAACACCCAAAAGAGGCAGCGCCCCAAGUGCCUCGCCCAUCGUGCACUAAGUGCGUUCGUGCAUCUUGCCUAUCAAGGGCAUCCAUGUCCAUGUCGGCACUACACCUGCCAAAGGCGCCCCGCACCUCGCCUACUAAGGCUGCUCAAGCCUGUGCUCACUUCGGCACCUCACCUACCAAAGGCACCUAGUGCCCCGCACCUUGCCUACCAAGGUGCCCUGUGUUCACCUCAGCACCUCACCUCCCAAGGGCACCCUUUUUGUGCCUCGCCUCCUAAAGGUGUCCAUGCCCAUGUUCAUGUCAGUGCCACGCCUGCCAAGGGCGCCCUGCACCUCGCCUGCCAAGGGCACCUGGGCUCGUGCUCACCUCAGUGCCUCAACUGCCAAGGGCGCCCAACGUUUGGCUCCUUGCCUGCCAAUGGCACCCUUGCCUACCUCAAUGCCUUGCCUAAUAAGGGCGCCUAUUCUGUGCUCCUCGCACCUUGCCUAAUAAGGGUGCUUGCACACCUUGUUAGCCAAGGGUAUCCGCGCCUAUGCUCACCUUGGUGCCUCGCCUGCCUUACCCGCCUCAGAGCCUACCACCUCACCUGCCUUGGUGCCUACUUCCCUAGUCUAGGUGCGUUUCCAGCUUUGGCUCCGCCCAUUGCAUCGCGCUCAUCUAGAAGCACCCCAAGUGCACAAUCACCCUUAUUGAGGCUCUCCUCCUCGCAUCUGGUGCCCUCACCUCCCGUGUCGGAUGCCAUGCUUCGUUAG